AUGCCUGGCUGCGGGAGGGGAGGCCUGCAGGGCCAAGGCAGCUCCCGUGCUGCAGGCUCCUGGGAGCAGGGCAUUCCCCACCCGCUGCCAUGGGCUCUCCGGCCCCGCCUGCCCAGCUUGCUACAUGCUGGGGCAGCAGUGGCCCUGCCAUAUAUAUGAGCUCUGAGGACCCAGCAGCGUCUUGAGGUGGUUAGCCAGGGCUGGUGAGCCAUGGAGGAUGAGGAGGCCACAGCGGUGGCAGCAAAGGCAGCACUGCGGACCCCCAAGUGCUCCCGCUGCCGUAACCACGGCUUCGUGGUGCCGGUGAAGGGCCAUGCCGGCCACUGCCGCUGGAAGCUCUGCCUCUGCGAGAAGUGCUCCCUCAUCACCGAGCGGCAGAAGAUCAUGGCGGCCCAGAAGGCCCUGAGGCUGCAGGUGCCCGACCCCCCGGCUGGGGCAGACGCAGGGCCCGCUCCCUCUGGCAAGGGCCCUGAGGCGGCCGCCGGGGCGGCCGGCGCCCCGGAGCAGAGUGGCCCUGAGGGGAUGAAGGGCACCCAUGAGGGGAUGAAGGGCACCCAUGAGGGGAUGAAGGGCACCCAGGCCACCGGCAGCAACGGCAAAGGCAUGGCGUGCAGGGGAGCACCGCCACCUCCCAGCGGCCCUCCCUUCUGGGACUACGCUCACCCUGCUUUUCCUCCAGAAUACAUGGUCAACCCAGAACAUCUGGAGAGAGAAGCUCCAAAAGUGUACUCUGGGUGUUCUGGAGUAUAUCCUUACCAUGCAUUUCCUAUGGGAUUUGCCAUCAAUCAGCCAAGCUGUAGGGGGGCUCCAUCACCUCCAGGGAUAUCACUUCAGAGAGGUUUCCGACACAUUCCUAGCCACUAUGGACCAGGGAAUGCAGCUUCUGUGUCAAUUCCAGAUGGAGGUGGAGAUUUCCAUCAAGGAUACUACACUCCUCUGCCUCAGUUCAUCCCACCAAAUUUUCUUCCAGGGAUUCACUACAUUCCACCUCCCCUUUCACUGAACAUGGUGGCUGAAACAACCAAGGACGCACACGCUGCUGAAGCUGACAGUCAGGAUUCAGGGGUGGUUCAUGAGCCUGGCCAACCAUCUUCUCCAGAAGAAACCAACAGAGACCAAGCUGUAUACUCUAAACAGUAA